AGUAGCAAUGACCACAACAACGAGUAUUUUCGUGAUAUCUAAUACUAUCUACCACGUUGACAACAGAUAUCUAAGAACGUUUGCGGUCGUCGCAGCGGAGUUCAAAGCAACAUGGGAGAAAAAGUUGAGGGGACGUGACGAUAAGAUAAUACAAACAACACGAAAAGAAUUCCACCUUGCUGGCGUGUAUACCACCGUCUGCUCAAUACUGACACGCAGUCGAAGGGAGACCCUCCACCAGGAUUUCCUCGAACAAUAUGCGAUUCUAGAAGACAAGAAGCGCAAAAUCACAGCUGCGAUUGCUGAAGCACAGGAAGAACUUAUAGUCUGUCCUUUAGCGCUAAGAACCCAUCAUUACAUUCUCUAAACAAAUAUCAUCUUACAGCCGCUCGUGGUGCAACGCCACCAAGCGACCAUCAGCCUUGGACACGAGGUCGAGAACGGCCAACUGGAAGGGAUGGCCCUCAUCAAAGGUGUUUGUCAGUGUAUGCUUAUCUCCGUUCUCUUGUUGCUCCGCAGCUGAUCUUCCUCGCUCCGUAGCUACGCGAGACAUUGCUCAG